GGGUGGGCAGUGCCUGUGCUGAGUGCAGGGAAUAUUCUCCUGCCUUUGCUGCUGGUUUACUUACAGCAGGUCCUGCUGUGUAUAGGAUAUUCACUGAGAUUCACCCCCACCCCUUCCCCAAACUAUCCCUGUUUUUCCUCUUCAGCCCUUUCCUCCCUCCUAGACUAACCUGCCCCUGCCUGGACCAGCCCUGAUCCCUUCCCACCUCAUCAGCACCCUGCAGUUGGGCAUCUGUCACACCGUCUGUCUGUCUGUGGGACAGGACAGGCACAGCUUGGCUAAUAGCACUGCAAGCUUCCAAACACCACCCCACCAAUGUGCCUCGAAGUUGUUCUGGAAAAGAGACCAUCUCCAAGGGUCCCUAUCAAUUGCCUUUGUACUAACUUUUGAAUCUUCUGACUGCAUUUGUCUUCUGUGAUCUGAUGCUACACAGCAGUUAUACCUAAUCCUCUGGUCCACACCAUCCAGUUGUGCUGUGGAUUGCUGGUUCCUGUUCAGUGAAACACCCCAGCAUGCCCUAUUCUGGUGACACCACACUCUCCACAGAACAGCUCUGGAGCUUGAGGCCAGCCUAUAGGGAAAUGGAAUCAAAAGUCUCUGAAGGUGGCCUGAAUGUUACCCUCACCAUCCGGCUGCUCAUGCAUGGAAAGGAAGUUGGAAGCAUCAUUGGGAAGAAAGGAGAGACUGUGAAAAAGAUGCGUGAGGAGAGUGGAGCAAGAAUCAACAUCUCAGAAGGAAACUGUCCAGAAAGAAUUGUGACCAUCACAGGCCCCACGGACGCCAUUUUCAAGGCUUUUGCCAUGAUUGCUUACAAGUUUGAGGAGGACAUAAUCAACUCAAUGAGCAACAGCACUGCUACCAGUAAACCACCAGUAACACUGAGGUUGGUUGUGCCUGCUAGCCAGUGCGGGUCACUGAUUGGCAAAGGGGGCUCCAAGAUUAAGGAAAUCAGGGAGUCAACAGGUGCUCAGGUUCAAGUGGCGGGGGACAUGCUGCCCAACUCCACAGAGCGGGCAGUGACAAUCUCGGGAACCCCCGAUGCAAUUAUCCAGUGUGUCAAACAGAUCUGUGUGGUGAUGCUGGAGGUACAGUCUGUAACAAUGGGGUCCCCACCGAAAGGUGCCACCAUUCCCUAUCGCCCAAAGCCCGCCUCCACCCCUGUCAUUUUUGCAGGUGGUCAGGUAAGAGCCGACCCGCUUGCGGCCUCCACUGCCAACCUCAGCCUUUUACUGCAGCACCAGCCGCUGCCCGCCUAUACAAUUCAGGGACAAUACGCUAUUCCACACCCGGAUCAGUUGACCAAGCUCCACCAGUUGGCUAUGCAGCAAACCCCUUUUACUCCCCUUGGACAGACCACCCCCGCUUUCCCUGGAGAAAAGCUGCCCUUACAUUCCUCCGAAGAAGCUCAAAAUCUGAUGGGCCAAUCAUCAGGUUUGGAUGCCAGUCCCCCGGCCAGUACUCAUGAACUCACCAUUCCCAAUGAUCUAAUAGGCUGCAUAAUCGGACGCCAAGGGACCAAAAUCAAUGAAAUUCGACAGAUGUCUGGAGCGCAGAUCAAAAUCGCCAAUGCCACAGAAGGUUCAUCGGAACGUCAAAUUACCAUCACAGGAACCCCAGCUAACAUCAGCCUUGCCCAGUACCUCAUCAACGCCAGGCUGACGUCUGAGGUCACUGGAAUGGGCGCACUCUAAUUUCUACCUAUCAUCCUUCAUUCUGCAUCACCUGACCCUCUCAAGCCAAUGACACUCCACCCAGCUUGUAUAUCUGUAUAGCUACUGUCUUCCCCUUAUCUCCAGAGAAACUUUUUCUUUACUAACACACACACACACACACACACACACACACACACACACAAAAAUGUUUCUUUAUAAGUUCCAUACUGUGACCCUAAUGUUGGUACUGAACUCUUUAUUUAUGGUCCAGGCCUGUACAGUGUUAAUUAUUUUAAUAACCUUUUGGGGGAGGUUCCAUUGGUAAGACUUCAGAAGAAGGUUGGUCUCUAGUGUCAGUUUAGCUUAGCUAUUUUAAAUUUGAUUUGGCAUUCUAACAGCACUUAUUGUAGUGUAUGAUCUUUGAUGCCAUCUAGAGCUGUGUUUGCUUUGAUAUACUUAUUUUCUCACAGUUAUUCCAUUGAUGCUCCCAUAUUUUCAUUUUGCUUGUCCUGGCUCACCUUUUAAACCUUUAAUCCAUGUCCUGAGAAUAUGGCAUGGUUUUCCCCACGUUUUUUUGGAAGCAGAAUGUGUAGGAGCCAAUGAACCAAUCUCACAGUCCCCAUUGGUUCCCACACAGGAGAUGCUUUUUCCAACAUGGCAGGGUCCAGACAAGCCAUAUUUAUGCCUACUAGAAGGGGUGGGGGGAAAGUCUAAUUUUUUAACUAAGAAGUAAUUGGGCCCAGGGAGGAUUUAGUGAUAUGUAAUUCAAAGCCACAGGGGCCUCUAAUAGUAUUCUGAAAACAAAACCCAUAGAGAACUUUUGGACUUAGCUCAGGAAGCUCAAAUCUCUGUGAGCCUGCCGUGUUUGUCAUUGUUUGUAUUCAAUAAAUGUCUGUGUGCAGCUCUGCUACCAAUGA